UUAGGAGAAUGAGGAGAUUGGUGAAUUUGAGGUGAAGAGUUACUGCUCUUCUUUGGGAGCAAUUCAGCAAUUUGGCAAGUGUUCUGGUGCCUGAACAAUGGAGGCUACAGUGCUGCAGUGUCAUUGUUUGGGAGGAAAACAAUGCAGCUCACACAGCUAUGCAAAGCAGUGACAAGCACUAGCAUCAGCACCAGGGGAAUAACAGUCUAAGCUCCAUUCUGAUGCCCAACUAAGCGUCUUUCACUACGAGGACGUGAAUGCGUGCUCCACAACCUCACACCCAUGUGUGCCUUCCUCCUCGGCUCCCAAAAGUCAAACUUGGCACAGGGCGAUCAAAACAAGACGUUUUCUGUGAGGCAAACAACGGAGAGCAGAGUGCAUCCUUGUACCAGCUCUGCCCACCAUGCCUCUCCUCCCCUACCUAUAUCAGACAGUGUCUUUUUGUGGGGAUACGCUCACUCUCUUCGCUCGAGUCCACACAUCUUAUGGUGAGGCGGUUCUACUGAAGGCAUGUCCAGCCAGGAGAAAGGAUGGUUUCAGUCACACAGAAGAGCAGAAGCUGUGUGCUGCUGCUUCUCUCACUCGCCCCAUCAGUCUUCCCCUCCCUACCCAUCUCUCUCCUCCCUGCUCUCACCAUCUCUGCCUGGCCUGUUCUUUCAUUAUCUGUCCUGACCCCUCCUGCUCGUAACACAACACACAUCUCAACCAUCAUUUCCACCGCGUUUACCACUCCUGCAGUCCUAAAAUCAUCCACCUCCACCAUCAGCCCAACGUCUUCGACAGAAGCCUUUAUCGCAGCUCUGUAUUCCUCAAAAUCAACGUCAGCUACCUCUGCGAUGUCAGUAGCGCCUGCCGACCAAACAUCCCCCGGAGACCUCCUCGUAACCUCACCCUCAGCUGCUACACAAACAGUUUCCCCUCAGUUUGGCAAAAAAGCCUCUCUGAGCACUGAUCCAGUCUAUUGUCACCCUGCAUGUCACCUUCCUCCUAAACUCCUAAAACACAUUUCCCCUAAUAUCUCCGGUUGGCUGCCUCACCCCUGCAAACGUCUGGCUCUAUCUCUCAAAACUAUAGCACCACCUCUGCACAAAAACCUUCCAUGUCAUUUGUCCAGAAAGACUCUCUACCCUGUGUCUUCUGAUAAACUUCGCACUACUAAACUAUUUCCCUCCUCCAACUCAACUAUCCUUCCAAAAAGUUUGCCAUCUUCUUCUCCCCCUCAAACUGCUUCACACAAGCUCCUUUCUCCUGUUUCAACGUCAUCCUUUCCCACAGCAUUCUUGCCUUUAACCUCUCGAACAUCACCAGCUCCUCCUGCCCCCGUCCCUCUCCCCAAAACCUUGGCCUCUCAUCAGCCCCGACCACCUUCCUCACUCCCCCACACUACAGGUCCGCUGUUCGAGCGCCAUCCUUUUAUUGUUAGUUGGAACAUCCCUGAUCUGGUGUGUAACAGAUACAACAUCUCACUGGACACCAGAGCCUUUAAAGGAGUGGCCACGCCUGCUAAGGUCCCAGGCCAGUUCCUGUCUCUGUUCUACACGGACCGUUUGGGUCUUUACCCACAUGUGGACCUCUCUAGCGGGAAACAGUUCAAUGGCGGCAUCCCUCAGAGAAGUAACCUGAAAGCCAGUAUGAACAAGGCCAGAGCAGAUAUUAACUAUUACAUCACAUCCAAGACAAGCCGAGGCUUGGCUGUGAUAGACUGGGAGGAAUGGCGCCCCCUAUGGGACAGGAACUGGGGCACUAAGAAAAUCUACCAGACUUUAUCUGUGGCCCAUGUUAUGCAGACAGAACGCUCCCUCCCAGUGCAGCAGGCCACAGAGAAAGCCAAACAACAGUUCCAGGUAGCAGCUAAGAGUUUCAUGUCAGGGAUGUUGGCAAUAGGCAGAGCUAUGAGACCAAACUAUCACUGGGGCUUCUAUCUUUUUCCUAACUGUUACAAUUAUGGCUGGGAGAAGCCAGACUACACAGGCCAGUGCUCCAAGGAGGUGAGGAGGCAGAAUGAUGAGCUGCUCUGGCUGUGGGCGUCCAGCACUGCCCUCUACCCCUCCGCCUACCUGCAGGUCUCUCUGGCAGACAAUCCCAGAGCCGCCCUGAUGGUGAGAAACCGUGUGCAGGAAGCUUUGAGAGUAUCUGCCCUGCCCAGACGGAGUGGCACUACUGCACCCGUGUUUGUUUACAUGCGACCUGUCUUUGUCGACCAGAACAGACGCUUCCUCAGCCAGGGAGACUUGGUCAGCACCAUUGGCGAGAGUGCAGCUGUGGGAGCGUCUGGCGCUGUGCUGUGGGGGGCCAGCGCUGACUAUGAUGACCAGACUUCCUGUGAAGCCCUCUCAUCCUACCUCUCCUCCACCCUCAACCUCUACAUCACCAAUGUCACCGUAGCCGCCCAGCUGUGCAGCAGCUUCCUGUGUCGAGGGAACGGCCGCUGUGUCCGGAAAAACUACAACUCCAAUCACUACCUCCACCUAAACCCUGAGAAUUUCAGGGUCAUGCACGUUCAGAACCGCUACCUUGUCCUAGGGAGACCGACCAUCGCAGACCUGAAGACACUGAGCAGGAGAUUUACCUGUCAGUGUUACAAAGGACUGAGCUGCUCUCCCAGGACAUACGGAGAGCUCGCCAAGGCCCUGAUAUUUAGUGUGAAGCAAAGGCUGUACCAAAAGGCUCAUACUCUGAAUAAAGCCAUGUUGGAUGAUACGCAACAAGACAGUAUCACAAAAGACAAUGUAAAAAAGAACUUGAAAGUUUAGCUUGUAAUCAGAAUGUUUUUACUGCCCUGAAGUGCCUUUUUUUUGUUCAAGGAAACACACCACUGUACAUUCAGACCUUGGAACUACUCAGUUCAGUCAUAAUACAGUGCUGCACACCUGGCAUGUUUAGUCCACAACCUGAUUUGCAUUUUGGAUGAAAAGUAUGCAGGCUUCAGGGACACCUUCAACCAUUUUGUCCUCGGCUCACCCUUUUUCAUUUUUAUGUUAUUUGUUUCUCACCACAAAUAAAUGUUACUGCAUUGAGUGACUUAGUGCAACUGAUCAUCAGGAAGAUUGCCAGAGAACAGGACUAUAAUCUCAAAUCAAACAUACGAACAAAUACUGUGCUAUAUCACGUAUGUAAUACCUGUGAAAAUACUAUUUCCACUGCGCAUUUGUAUAUGAUUUGACUCUAUAUGUAAAUAAAUGAAAAGAGACAGGCA